UACGACCGACCACUGCUACUGAGUAACCAAGCACCAAGUCUUGGCUUGAGUUCUUAUUUUUUUUUCGUUCUUUCUUUUGCAUUGGCGCUUUGUUGCUGGUGCUCUGAUGUCUUUCGGAGAUUUUCAUAAAAAUCUUUGAGCUACUUUCAUAUUCUUCAUUUGUGUUCGAGACGUGGUAACGUAAACUUUAACGUGUCGCUAUAGUAAAGAGAAAUUAUUCGGCAUAAAGAAAUUUGUCAAAUCAGAAGAAAUUGUUAAAAUGAGAGUUUUGCAAGCUUUGCUGGUUUUGCUUGGCUUAAGCUUCUGUGCGGCUUUACCCACCAAAACUGAUGCAGAACAAAAAUCAACAUCCUAUGCCAGUGAGGCAUCGCAAAUUAUUGCUACACAUUUGCUGAAAUCUUUCAACGAUAUCGAUGGCAAUCAAGUUCACUCACCCUUGGGUGUGACAACAAUGUUGGCCAUAUUGGCCGAAGCUUCACAGGGUGACACCUACGAUGAAUUCUUCAAAGUUCUAGGUUAUCCCAAAGAAAAGUCUGCCUUGCGUGAUUCAUUCAAAGCAAUUCUAUCCAAAUAUGAAGCAAAGAAAUACAAUGAUGAGCCCUCGUUCCAAUCUUGGUUGUACAUCUAUCGUAACUUCUCGGCCCGUGAUGAUUUCAAACAACUUGUUCAAGACUAUUAUUUGGUGGAUGUGAAAGACAUCAAUCGUGAUGAUUACGAUUGGAGUGAACCGAAUACUUCAUUGGAUUUGGAUGGCCCAACCACGGCCAGCAAUAGCAAAGAUGUCAUUGGCUUCGAAACAUUGAAACGUUUGAAGAUCGAUGACGACGAUGAUGAGCUGGGCUUGGGUUUGACCACAGUUGGUGCCUAUACCGAUGGCUAUGGGGAAGAGUUCAUUGAAAAGGAAACAUCGAAAUUUGAUCGUUACGUUGAUGAUAAGCAGUAUGUGGAAAAACCUGAAAUCAUUGAAGAAUUGCAAAAGGAAAAAGAAAAAUUAUCAGAACAAGAUAUGUCGAUUGGGGAACAACAGCAACAACAACAAGCAGAAAAAGAAGAAGAGGAGAAACAUACCACAGAAUCUGAUGCUGGUACAACUACAGGCGAAAAACUAGAAACUCUUGAUGAAAAACCAGCUGCUGCCAUUGCUGACCAAGAAGAUGCCUCCAGCGAUAUAGCUGGUCUCACAAAACGUGAGGAUGACUUAAACUUGGAGGAAAAUGAAACAGUGCAGGACAAAGAGAAAAUGUUGAAAAAUUACAAAGAUGCUGAGGAUGACGAUAACAUCAUUCCCAUACAAGAAGUGCUAGAGUCCAAUGAACCCGAAAAAGUUUCAUUGCCACUGGAAAAACUGGAAACUGUGUUAGACGAUGCCUCAAAGAGUUCACCAGCUGAAAUAAUGUUGGCCUUGGAAUCGCAUGUUAGUGCAGCACGAAGUGCCUUUGGAGGUCGCAGCCUCUUCCAACGUGAUGAUAUUGCAUCGGCUUUAAGUGCCAAUUCGAUUACAGGUCGUGAUAUUGGCUCUAAAACCAAAAUGUUAUUGUUCAAUGGUUUGUACUAUCGUGGCAAUUGGGCUAACAGUUUCCAUGAACAACCAAAUGCCGAAGAAUUCUUCUUCAUGACCGAAGAUGAUGCCAUGAAGACGCCCAUGAUGCAUUCGAUGGGUAAAUUCUAUAUGGCCGAAUUAAGUGACUUGAAUGCUAAAGUCUUGUGUUUGCCUUAUGAGAACAAAAAAUACUCCCUCAUGAUUGUACUGCCCAACGAAUUGGAGGGCCUUCACACAUUGAUACAGAAAAUGCAGCCGGAAGACUUUAAGAAAGUUAAAAACCUAAUGCAAGAACGUGAUUUACAUGUUGUCUUACCAAAAUUCCAAAUCGAAGAAACAUCUCGUUCGGAGUCAAUGCUCAAGGGAUUGGGUCUCACGAAGAUUUUCUCACGCAGUGAAGCUGAUCUCAGCCUACUGUCCGACGACCGUGAUUUACACGUCGAUGAAAUUGUUCAAUUCGUUAAUGUACGUGUCGAUGAAGGUGGCAAUUCGGUGAUUGGUCUAACGGCAGCCAAUGCCGAAGCUCGCAACAAGACCGAAGAACCAUUGGAGAUGUUUGAAAUUACCCAUCCAUUCUUGUAUUUCGUAAUGGACUGUGAAUCAGAUUUUAUUUUGGUCUCAGGAAAAGUACAUGCACCCGAAGUACAGGAGGAAUUGCCGGUGGGUGUGACAGUGGAAUUUGACCAAGCGUAGAUUUUAAGUGCAAUUGCAAAAAACAACAAAUAAAUAAAAUACGAAAUAUUCUCAAGACUUACGUUUAAGUAUAUCUCUAUAUUUAUGUGUAACAGUGUGUACGAUUGUAAUUUCAUGGUAUUGCUAACAAAUAAUAAACUUCCUUUUUUAUAAAAUUAAAAAAAAAAA